AUGACACGUGGUGUGACCUUUUUGUUUUCCUGUUCGACCCAUGACAAACAGUGUGACCUUUUUGUUUUCCUGUUCGACCCAUGACAAACAGUGUGACCUUUUUGUUUUCCUGUUCGACCCAUGACACGGGGUUGACCUUUUUGUUUUCCUGUUCGACCCAUGCCAAACAGUUUAACUUUUUUGUUUCUAUUAAUCUGCAUUGUUCUUUUCUUAAUUCUAUAGAUCUAUAGACCUACUUUUUAUUUCCUUAACACCUGCUUUAAAAGGGGAGAUAAUGGUGGACACUAAACUACAAAAACACAUAUCGAUCUUAUUAAAAGUGAAGAUCCUGGGCUACAGUAAGAAAUUUCUUUAGUUUUUUUUUCCCAACAUAGUAAAAACUUACAGAACAGGAAAGUCAUUUGAUUUGGUUUGUUUAUUGGUAGUGAAGAUAUGUUCGGUAAGCAAGAAUCUUAUCUCAGGCAUUUGCUCUUUCAACUGUCACAACGGGCUUGAAUGUUUGUGCAUUUACAGAAGUUUGCUGUUUCGAUAGGUAGAUUUAGUCUCUAACACGAUAUAUGGAGUAAAUGUCUUCUUGGACAUUUAGGCCUAUUGAAGUAGAAGUGUGCUUUCGACCAAGCAGAUAAUGUACGAGGGUAUGAUGAGAUAAAUUUAAAAAAUUAGCUGCAUUUUCUUUUCAUGUGUAGUCAGCGGAGACCCUACAUGCCUAUUAGGGGCAGUGUCUUAGCUCUCCAUACCUCUUAGCCAUGUGUAUGAAUGCAGAUAAUGGCGGUAGCUUGUUAAGAAACUAAUGCUUACUCUUUCUCAAAGUCAGUCCACCCUCUGCGGGGAUAUGCUCAAAAUAAGUUGAUCCAAGCUUUUAGAUGUCAAUUUUUAUUGUCACUCUCACUUGUCUAUAAUUAAAGUGAAAUUCCAUUUUCAGACCUUGCGAUCUAAAAGGCAGUUGAUGUUAAGCUCAUCUGUUUCUUUGGCCAGCGGUUAACGAGCAGGGUGUCAUGUAGCCAGCACAACGACCAACCGCCUUUAAUUUCCCCAACUAAAGUCAGGUACCCAUUAAGAGUUGGUUGGACUCAUGGGCGCCCUAAAAAUCCCGAAAUUCAAAUCCCUGUCAUCACCGAGACUCGAACCCAGGAUCCCAUGCUCGGAAACCAAGCGCUUCACCACCUCAUUUGUCUAUACUUACACUUUAAAUGCUGCGUCAUGCGUGGCUGGUAAAGCGCAUAGCUUCGAAUCCCGGUAAAAAACUGGAAGUUGAAUUUCGGGAUUUUUAGGGCAUCCCGAAAUCCACAAAAAUCUAUUAGGUACCAGACAUUAGUUGGGGAAAAAUAAAGGGGGUUGUUAGCUGUGCAGCCAUAGUUAAAAUUAGCCAAAGAAACAGAUGACUUUUUCAUCAUCUGCCCCAUAGAGCGCAAGGUUUGAAAGGGGAACUACUUAUGUAUGGUGCAAGUCUGUUGGAUCUAGUCACAUGACCACAUUGUCGUCUUGGACGUAGAUGAGCUCUUUCUACAUAGUAGUGUUGACUGUCAAUUCUUUACUAUUUUAUAGCAGUGUUGACUGUCAAGUCUUUACUAUUUUAUAGCAGCGUUGACUGUCAAGUCUUUACUAUUUUAUAGCAGUGUUGACUGUUAAGUCUUUACUAUUUUAUAGCAGUGUUGACUGUCAAGUCUUCACUAUUUUAUAGCAGUGUUGACUGUCAAGUCUUUACUAUUUUAUAGAAGUGUUGACUGUCAAGUCUUCACUAUUUUAUAGAAGUGUUGACUGUCAAGUCUUUACUAUUUUAUAGCAGUGUUGACUGUCAAGUCUUCACUAUUUUAUAGCAGUGUUGACUGUCAAGUCUUCACUAUUUUAUAGCAGUGUUGACUGUCAAGUCUUCACUAUUUUAUAGCAGUGUUGACUGUCAAGUCUUUACUAUUUUAUAGCAGUGUUGACUGUUAAGUCUUCAUUAUUUUAUAGCAGUGUUGACUGUCAAGUCUUCACUAUUUUAUAGCAGCGUUGACUGUCAAGUCUUCACUAUUUUAUAGCAGCGUUGACUGUCAAGUCUUAACUAUCUUUCGAUUGAUGACAACAGAGAUAUAAUAUCAGGAUUCGCUCAAAAUGCAGGUUGCAGUUCUAUAGAUCCAUAAUUUACCCUACCAGACGUUCAUAACCUCUAAAUGUGCAGGUUGUUUCUUUGCAUGUUUGCCCUAGAAAUCUUGCAAGGCGGUAGCAAAUAUCGGCCUAAAUGUAAGUUAGGGAGAGGGGUGCUUUACAAUGAAUCCAUUGGACUUAUUGUUUAGGGAAGUCCUGACUCAGGGGAAAUCCUGCUUGUCUAUUAACUGGUUCCUGGCCUCAUCAAAAGUCAUUAAAAUUAAGUGAACUAAAAAAAAUUUUUUUCAAUCCAAUGUAAAUAUUCCCGUGCUCAAAUCAGGGGGCUAUGAUUAGUUUAGAACUCUACUACCUAAGGCAUUCUAGGCAAUCAGGUACCAUCAAACAGCGGCCAAGUCAAAUAGUUUAGAUAGGAAUACUUGUGGAGAGGAAAAACUAACGUAAAUUAAUACAAUUCAAUAAUCUCUGACAGAGGUGGAGAAAAGCUUUUGUAUAACUUGUUCUGUUUGUUCCUCUUCCUUUGACAUGUUGACACUUAAAGAACUCAUUUCAAAUAACUUUCAUUUCAUUUGGGAGUGGAACCUUGAAGAAAGAAGGACAACUGAACAUUCUUGAAGCGCUGGAAGGUUGUGGUCACUCACGUGUGACGAAAUCGAUGAUGUGAGGGUAAGAGGGAUUGGUUCAAUGCUACUAGCGCUGAUCGCCUCAUCAGAGAUAAUUGUAGGUGUCUUUAAACUUGAGCUCACGUCAUAUGUUUGUCUUUGGUGAACACUGAGGGGUAACUUAAGCUGAUUUAGGGCAAACAUAUUGCAGAACUCCCUCUAUUCAUGUACCAAUGGAGAAUAAAGUAAGAUGAACCCAUUCAGCAUUUUGUUUACUGAGUCGUCUUACAAAAGUUACAUACGUCAUAAGUUUUGGCUUUUGAAUUAAAUUAAACUAUUGCACUCUAUUGCACACAUCGAGCCUUGAAAAGAUUCAAAAUGUAACAUUAUUUUACUGAACUUUUUCUUUACUGAAUGAAGACUAAUUGGAGAUUAUUUUUUUAAAAACCUGCAACAACAUAAUAACAACAAAAUAAUACAAACCCUAGCCACAAUAAUUUCAAGAAAAACGUCGUGUUGAAACUGUGAAGACCUAUAGUUUAUGUCAUAAAAAUUUUUGUUUAAUGUGAUACUUUUUGUAAAUACAUGUGCUAUAUCGAAAACAGUUAGGCCUACUUUUUAUUUCUGUAAACAAAAAAACAUGGAUACAAUGGAUACUAUGGAAACGUCACCAAGUUCUGAUGGCAACGAGGCUGUGAGAACAAAAGUAUCAACUCUCAUAAGUCAGUUCAACAGUAUUCAACAAAGCACACCACCAAUCACAAAAUCCAACAGUUUUAAAAUACCCUGCAAAAUUCGGAAAAUUGAUCAAAUACCAUCAGAUGUGACCAGAUCACAGAGUUUGUCGUACAAAACUUCCGAGCCUGACGUCCCAAGAAAAGUGCAUCAUAAUAACAAGAAAAGAAAUUCGCUGACAGACAAUGCUGAGAUGACAGACAAUGGAGAGCGGGAGUCAUCCGGGUAUGCAUUGAAAAAAGCGCCAAUAAAAGAUAGUAAGUAUGACACUAUUCCUAAAGCUGGGUUUGUAAGCAAGGCAAAGAAAGAAUUGGAAAAUAUGUCCAAACUAGAUACAGACUCUUGUGCACAGGAUGAGAUUGCUGCAGACAAUUCAUCUGUUCAAUUCCGUACGGUGACUUCCUGGUCAAAGAUGCGAAAGAGCAUAGAUAAGUCAUAUGUGGCUAAAACAACGCACGGAUCUGCAGCUCUGUCUGACGGCAACGACCCCCGUGGCAAUUUAGUCGUGGCAGACGUGAACAGUCCAACAGGUCAAUCUGGCCUUGGAUGGAAAACGAAUCCUUUUGUUGAAUUAAUGAAACAGGCUAGCAUUGAAAAAAACCCUGUCAGUCCUGAGAGAACCACAACAAGCCUUAACUGGAACUCGUCCAACAUCGACAGGGCAGCUAACGCCGAUAAGGCUACUGCAAACUAUAAAAUAAACUCCUCGAGUCUUGGACGAGGCGCAGCCUCGACAUCCAAUUCAUCCAUAGUAAAAAGCAAUACAGAUUCAAGCGGAAUUAAAUUUCCUCAAGUGUCAUUGAAAAAAAUAACAACAAUUUCUCUUUCACGGGAACAUUCGGACUUUCUUGGAGGCACUAAUUCAUGUAUUGUUGAGUCAAACUUAAGUCAUAACUCUACAGAAAAACCAAAUGAGCCUUUAAACAUUUCAAGCAUUUCUCAGCCAAAUACAAUAAAUCAGAAUAAAGACAUAUCCUUCCUUACAAAAAAGAACUUAAAUGGUGUUAAUAAGAAUAUAUCUCUUCAUUCUUAUCGAUAUCAGGAUGAACUCUCCAAUACCGAGAAAAGUACUUUGAUACGUUCUUCUGCUUUCAACCAAAGAUUUAUACCCAGCUCUGUAUCCAACACGCCAACAGAUAAGUCAGUUCAUUCAAACGAUCAUCCAAACCAAACACCAGCAUAUCUAACUAACAGCAGAACAAAAACAUUUCAUACUGUAAUCAGCGAGCAAGCAGAAAUACAAACCCAAAGAAACGAAGUUAGAACAAACGCCCAUGUUACCAGUGGUAAGCUAAAACAGAAAUAUGAUGUUACCGGUAAUCAAAUAUAUACAUCAAGCACUCUGGACAUUGAUAAAGGGAAACAAUUCGGAAGUUCAAGUGGAGAUGUGCCUAGCAAACAAAUAUGUGCUACAAUAGAUCCACCCAGUGACAAUGUGAUAGUUCAUCCACCCAGUGGCAAUGUGAUAGUUAAUCAAACCAGUGACAAUGUGAUAGUUAAUCAAACCAGUGAUUAUGUGAUAGUUAAUCAAACCAGUGACAAUGUGAUAGUUAAUCAAACCAGUGACAAUGUGAUAGUUAAUCAAACCAGUGACAAUGUGAUAGUUAAUCCACCCAGUGACAAUGUGAUAGUUAAUCAAGAAAAACUAAUGGGUCAAACAAGCGACAGUGAAAACCAUUUAAAUGGACACUUACUAAAUGAGCAAACCAAAUCCAUAGGUAGUACAAGUGGAGAGAAAACAAAACAUUCAGGACAGUUAGCCACCAGAAAACUGAGCCUCCCCAAUUCAAUAUCUCUUGAACACAUAGAGCAAUUGAGUACUAGUAGCGAUAGUCCAUCAAGGCAUCUAAGUCCCAACGGCGAAUAUACACCAAAACAGUUCCAUUUCUCAAACGAUGACCGAAAGCCGAAUUUAAACGUUAUAGCUGAACAACAAUUGAAGCCCCCCAACGGCAUUCUCAACAGCCGCAUUAAGUCAUUGCGUUCUGCAACUUUCGACCAACCAGAAACCAAUAGUCAAAAAAGCAAUACUAAAAGUUUCACCGGUGACCAAAAAACAGUUACAAGCAUCACCUCGUCGGCAGAGCAGGGCGUAACUCACGUUAUCCCCUCUUUACACAUACGCAAUGAAGGAAGAAAUGGCGGACCUUUAGAUCAAGCAAGCCAAGAAAAUGGCGUAGAUCUAGAUGCAGACCAUGUCACACUGAGAAAUCCUAAAACCAAAAACACAUCGAACAUUGCAAAAGUAGCCUCCUAUGGUUUUUCAACGAAACAAUUCACGCUGCCAUCUCAGUCAUACGUGACAGCUGAUGUUAAAGAGACUUCCCCAGACUCAAACUGUGAUACAACAAAACAUUUGAUGGAUAUUCAACAGGUUCAGACGACAAAAUCAGAGUACUGUUCGGCUGCAGACAGAAUUAACCGCCAUUUGAUCAAGUUAAAAACAGAACUGAUGUCCAUGCACGAGCAAGACCUGGUCCUCCUCAAACAGCUCAUCAACAUAAGCCAAACCAUCCAGAAACUUCAGCGCUCGCAGGUGCUGAGGAUCAGCAAGUCGUUGUCCUUUUCCAGCGGCCUCCUCCAUCCUCAACCCCUCCACUCCCAAAAGCGGAGCCACAGCUCCUCCUUGGUCCGACAGAACAGUGCCCCAUUCAGCAUUGAGAAACGCCGCCAGUUGUUUAGCUUGAUGAGAGCAAGCACGGAACACUGUUCGGAUGGUUCACUAAGUUCUUUUGAUGAGAGCGAGUUUGACUCACAGAGCGAGAUGGAUGAAUCCAAUCCAUCGCUGACCAGCCUCUAUCCAUACUUGUCUCCCAAAUCCAACAGGGCCCGUCCAAUGUUUCAGUACAGCACUUCCCAGAUGCCCCUGUGUGUGGACAUGGCUGAAGACCCGGAUGAAACUUAUGAGGACAUUCUAAAGCGCAAUGUCAUGCUAUGGAAGAUGAGCCUCCAAAGACAAGCCUCUGUCAUACAUGAGGUCACCUGUUUGUUGUGAGGCUGCUUCAGAAGGCUUCUUUUACAGUCCAUGUUUUUGUGCUAGGUUACCAGGCCCCUUGCUUGUUGUGAAAUAGCAAAGGAAACCCUUUCAAAUAUGAAGUCAUAAAUGAAACAAUGCACUUGUUGUGCUGGACUGUACCAGUUGGUAAAUACUAUUUAGUCCAAGAGGAAACUGUCUUAGCAACAGGCCAACAGCUGCUUUAAAGUCUCUUUUAACAGUAAUGCUACCUCAUAAGAGAUAUCACACAUUUGCUGUGAUGUUAAAGUACAGUACUUUCUUACAAUUCCAUUACACUUUACUUGUGAGGUUUUUAACUUUAUUAUAAGGUGUUCGUAUUUUGCUACGAUGUUUACAUGUGUCAUAUAUAAUUGUUAUGGAUUUUCAUUAAAGGGCUUCUCUUCUGAUUGAAACAAACUAGAGCUUUAUUCAAGCUUGGAAAUUGCAUUUUCGGGUUGUAUUAAUUUUUUAUAGUGUUAUUUAUAUUUUUGUAUAUAAAUAUAAAACUGAACAGUUCAUUUUUUUUUUACUUUAAAAAAUCUUAUGAUUAAAAAGGUUUUAAAUUUUGA